GGCCAAUAAACUGGGGCUGAAUUGGCAAGAAGAGACGUGGCGGAGAGGAAGAGGGGGGUGUUUUAAAGGUCACAGGUGUCUCAGUUGAAUUUUCUCUCACUACCCACCGAGCUCACCAUUUUCUUGCCGUCUGUGAAAAGUAAUCCUCCUGAGCGCUAUCGCCGUUUAAUCAUGUGGAGAAAGAUUAGAAGUGUUUUUGUGGCCCGUUUCCAAGACCAGAGCAGCUAAACUCUUCUGGUGGUGCUCCCGCUGGUGAGUUUUUGCAAUCUUACUAACUCGUGGAUGCAACCCAGUUUGCUCGGAAGGAGAUAGCACUUCCCCUGCAGAAACUUUCGUAUCAGUUUACAGGUCGGACGACGAAAAAGUAUCUGAAGCCACAUAAUGUUUAAGAAAAGCAAAACCAAAGUACUAAUAGACGAUGGAUCGGAAGAAGACGACAUCACAUUAAACCAGCAACCCGCACCCAAGAAUAAAGAUCCAGAUGGCGAAGAGGAAAUCACUGCUUCAAAGGAAAAGGGUAAAAAAGCGAAAGCUAAGAAGGAGAAGAAACCUAUCAUUAUUGAAGACGACGAACACUUUCUAUUAACAGGAGUUACACCAGUAAAUAGAAAAGGAUCUAACAAGAAAAAGGAGGAGGAGAAAAGUAAGAUGUAUGUUGAAAAGAGCUACUGCUUCUGGGAAACUGUGACCAUGACUAUGAAGCAGAUUACGCCAACCAAGAAAUUGGAUAAGAUUGAAGGGUGGGAGCCUCCACAAGUCACUGAUGUUAUUGAAGAGCACACGGCCAGAGAUGCCCUCACAUUCCCCACAGAGCCCUCAUCAUGGCCCGGUUUAGAGGAGGACACUUCUAACUACUCAAACUUGACCGAUCCCAAGAACUCUGGUCCGAAGUGGAGCACCAAAGCAAAAGAAAAGCUUGCGGGCAUGAGGAGGCGAAGCAGAGGAAAUGUUUCGGAAAUUUUGGAGGGGUAGAAAUGAGAUCCUUUCACAUAUCGUAUAGAUUGCAACACCUGCCUGCCUGUGCUGCUGUUUUUGACCGUUCCUUUUUUUGAUUUAAAAAUAUCUUGCAAGAUUUGGGUAGAAGAAUUCUCUUAUGCAAAGCUGUAAGCUCAGAAUUAUGGAGGGGAUGGGGACACACAAAAUGCCUUAUACUGCCUUUAGAUUGUCCAUGCACUGGCCAUCAAGUAGAAAUGAAAGUAAAUAAAAUAGUUUUCUGACACAAAUUGAAUUCACUUUUAAAUGCUUAAAUAUUAAAAUUUAAAUUUGCUGUGGUUCUUUAUUUGUGUGAGGUCCUCUGUAGUGAUGUCUCUUUUUUUGCUUGCUUUCACUUCUUAGACUGCAAGGACAGGAAAUGUAAAAUAGCUCUCUCCCUGCAGGAAUAUGAGCACAGUAUAGUCAAUGUAAAGCUGUAUCAUGUGCUUCUGUUAAGCUUACUACAAAGUGUUUGGCUUAUGAGCUUUAGAGAAGCCGAAACCUUUUGAUUUCCAGAAGCCUUGUGAUUAUAAGGAAAAAUGAUGCCUUUAAAACAUUGUUUCUGUCACUAUUAUGAUUAAUCUGUUGGACUUUGAGUGUUUUAUUUAACCUAACAAAGUUUAUAAUUCUUACUAUUAAGAGUUUUACAUAGUGAUAACCUUAAGAGAAUUAAAUUGGCUUGGGUAAUCUAUUUUCCAUAACUCUGUAGAAUAAUUUUUCAAGGACUGAAGUUUAAUAUAUUUUCCCAGCAUUUUUGCCAUGUCAAACAAAUCUUUCAAAUUACUUGGUAAACAAAUCUUUUUUUUUUCCACUUCUCCAGUUACACCAGCAAAAAUAAUUUAAUGAAAUAAUACAGUGUAAAGCCCUUUUUUCUAAAUGUUAUAUUUUUCCAUUUAACUGUUAAAGGUAUCAGUGUAAACAUGUCAAAUCAUGGUUUUUAUUCUCUAUUUGUCCUUGUUCUAGUGAAUAACACUUUUGUUUUCUGCAGAUUGCUUAAAAACACGUUGAUUGUGAUUUGUUGUUAUAUUUUGAAUUUUAAAUAUAUUAUUUAAGGUCCCUUUAUUUAAGAAACAUUUCAGACAAUUUAUGUAAACUUUUCUGCAACUCCCUUCUAUACCAUAUAUUUAAUAGUGAUAUCAAACUCAGUUGUUGGAACACAUUUUACCUUCUGGGAUUUAUUUCACCUUAGCUUAAUUGAUUACUGAAGCCAUUAACAGAACAAUUACUGUCUAAUUAAAUAUUUUUAGCCCUUAAAAAACUUUUAUAUAUGUUACAAAAAAAUCAAGAACUGGAGAUUUGUACUUCUUUAAAAACUCUUAAAUCAAAAUAAAAAAUAUUUAUAUUAUAUAUUAUCCUUUUGCCUUAGUAAAAAAUAUCUUUAUGCAUUGUUCUUUUUAGUUACACAAUCCCAGUGUUCAACAAUAUUAGUGUCUCGAAUCAGAUCAUAAACUGUUUAACUGAAGUUCACUUUGCCUGUGUUUAACAGAAAAUCCAGCCUUCAGUGGCCAACUGGUGAUCAUGAUAUGCAAAACUAGGUCAUUAGUGUGACCUAAAUUCCAAUGUAUAAAUGGGAGGCCAUGCCAGAUUUUUUGCAAACAAUUACGUAUUCAUUUUUGUAUGUGCUACAAAUGCUGAUUCAUUCAACUGCAAAUGAUCAUGUUGCAAACUAUGAAAAACUGAUUUGUUAUUUGAAUAUGUGAUAGCAAGGGUGAGAUUAUUCUUUUAAUGGGAGAUAUAAGGUCAUAUUUUCAAUAAAAAUCCAAGUAGUUUUUGAAA